CCUGCGCGGAGCUGCGCGGCUGAAUCACCGCGGAGCGAGCGGGCAGCGAAUUUCCAGGCGCCAUGGCCCGGCUCCUCGGCCCCUCCUGCCUGCUGCUGCUGCUGCUGCUCCUGGGCCUCUGCGCCGACGUCGCCUCCUCCAAGAAGGGCAAAGGCAAACCCGGCUGGGGUGGGGGCGGCCGCCAGCCCAGCUACCCCCGCCAGCCCAGCUACCCCCAGAACCCCGGCUACCCGCACAACCCCGGCUACCCGCACAACCCGGGCUACCCGCACAACCCCGGCUACCCCCACAACCCCGGCUACCCGGGCUGGGGCCAAGGCUACAACCCAUCCAGCGGAGGGACUUACCACCAAAAGCCCUGGAAGGCGCCCAAACCCAAGACCAACUUCAAGCACGUGGCGGGCGCGGCGGCGGCGGGCGCCGUGGUGGGGGGCCUGGGGGGCUACGCCAUGGGCAGGGUGAUGUCGGGCAUGCACUACCGCUUCGACAGCCCCGACGAGUACCGCUGGUGGAACGAGAACGCCGCGCGCUACCCCAACCAGGUCUACUACCGCGACUACCGCGGCGCCCCCGUGCCCCAGGACGUCUUCGUGGCCGACUGCUUCAACAUCACCGUCACCGAGCACAACAUCGGCCCCGCCGCCAGGAAGGGCAACGCCUCGGACGCCCUCAACCAGACGGAGGCGGAGCUGGAGACGCGCGUGGUGACCAAGGUGAUCCGCGAGAUGUGCAUCCAGCAGUACCAGGAGUACCGGCUGGCCUCGGGCGCGUGGCAGCGCCUGGCCGAGUCCCCGCUGGCCACCCUGAUGCUCCUCGUCCUCGUCGUCCUGCACUAGGGCGCCCCACGCCAUCCAGGUGUCCCCUGUGGGGUCCCCACGCCCACCCCGGUCUCGCUUGGUUUCGGUGAGGAGCCCCCCGGGGCGAUCCGCGGUGCCUCAGGGUUAGGCAAUGGGAUGAAAACGUCCUUUUCUGCCCCAAAAAGAGCUCCGGGAUGGCGCCGGAGCCCAAAACUGCGGCCUUCGCCUCCUCCUCCUCCUCGGGGUCACCCCGAGAGGGACCAGGCAGUGGGGAGGUCUCCUUGGCGUCCCUGCAGGAGCUGUUCCAAAAAUCCUCUUUGUUAACAGGCAGGGAUUUGUCUCAGCCCCCGUCACCCCCAUUCCCUGGGGCACCCCUGGGGUUUUCAAGCUGCCAGGUUGCAAUUUGAACCCUCCCAUCCUAAAAUAAAAAAAGCCCCUUCCCCAUGUACAUAAGGAGCUGCCACUCCACACCCUGCAUGCUGCAAAAACCCCCUGCAGCAAGACACCAAAAUAAAGUAAUUUUUUACUCCCUGUCACAGCGAGGCUGAGGCACCAGUCGGUGUUUAGAGGCAGAAAGUGCUGCUGAAUGCCCCAAACACCCCCAAAAUGUUGUUACAGCCCCAGAAAAAGCUACUCUGGGUGCUCCAGGUGACAAGUCGUGUUCAUGCUGCAGCACCUGGGCCUAAGGGACGUUAAAAUGCAGCACAAAGGGUUCUCAGGGGGGUCAGGCACGUAGCAAGAGACUGAAAGCAGCUGAACCGCGCCGGUACAGCGACAGCAUCGGGAAAAACGGGCCUGGGAAAGGGAGAGGCUUUAAAAAAAAGUAACUUUUGUGAGUAAUUCCUUUGCCCUGCGGAAGCAACGGGUGAAAUUCUUGAUUCUCGUGUGGAUGCUGGGCUGGGGACGAGCUGUAACACCCGUGGCGCUGCGUUCAAUAUCCCUCGUGUAAUUUUAUUUUUGCAAGGCACUGAAUAACACUGUCCUAAAUGAGAUCUUUUUUUUAAAUUUUUUUUUUCCUUUUUGCAUCGGUGUAAGCUAAGUGGAGAUAUAUAUAUAUUAUAUAUGAAUACCUAUAAACAGAGAGCAGAGAGACCUUUCAGGACAGCCAAGGCAGGGCUUGGAGGUGCCGCGCACUUUGCGACACGCGGAUGUUUUGUAACCCCGCGGAUGUUUUGUAACCCCGUCACGCUGCAUGCCCGGGAUUUGCCGUGCUGAGCCUUUUCGAAGUGUUCCACGUCUGGUACAAAUUAAAACGGAUCAAGCCAAGGUGCCCGAGAGCCUCCUUUGUGUGCCGGCCCCGGCCCCGGGCAUUUCCCGCAUUUCUGCAUUUCCUGCAUUUCCGCCCUCCCAUCCUCCCUCCCCGGCCUGAGGGAGCUUUUGUUCCCUUCCAGCCCCCAAAUUUGGCCCAAACCCCACAUUCCCCGUUAACCUUUUCUCCUCAGGCCCUGCUCCCACCCAUGGCAUUGCUGCAGUCCAAGGGGAGUUUUCUGAUUUCUGUCUCAUUCCGGGUUCUGUUCUAAUAAAGGAGUUUUUACA